AUGGAGAUGCUGUGGACAUGGCUGUUGAGUUUCUUCUUCAUUCUAGCUCUGUUAUGCAUUCUGGGUUAUCAGCUUGUGUGCUUGGUGGACCUCGAAUUCGAUUACAUCAACCCAUAUGAUUCAUCAUCUCGGAUAAACAGUGUUAUUUUGCCAGAAUUUAUUAUUCAAGGAGUUUUGUGCCUCAUUCUUCUUAUAGCGCGACAUUGGUUUAUGCUUCUAUUGGCUCUGCCGCACCUAUAUUAUAAUGUGAAUUUAGUGAGCUUAUUUGACACCAAUAUGAUACUUCCAUCCCCUCUAAUCUCGUCACUCAUGGUGGUUAUGAAGAAAAUUCAUAUUGUAGAGAAGUACUAUGGUUUACUUGAGUAG